GGGUGGAGGAGGGGCCGUGCCGGGGACACCGAGCGAGGCGCGGGCAGAGGAAGGGAGGGAGGGACGGAGAGAGAGCGGCCGGCGCUGGGGAGGAGAAGGAGGAAGAAGGCGGGCAGGCGGCGGCGGUUGCGUGCGUCCGUCCGUCGGUCGGUCCGUGCCGGAGGGGGAGCCGCGAUGUGAAGCCCCCCACACACAACACGCCCUCACACACGCGCACACACGGCCCCGCAGGGCAGGAGGCAGCGGCGGCGCCCCCGGGAAUGUGUGUCUGGGACGCGGAGGAAGGAGCUUCAGUAUGAGGCGGGGUGGAUGGCGGAAACGAGCUGCCGAAGGCGAUGGUUGGGGAAUAUGGGGUGGGUACAUGUCAGCAAAAGUUAAAAAAUUGGAGGAUCAGUUCCGGUCUGAUUCAGCCAUACAACAACAGAGGGAUGGAAAUUCAUCAAGUAUCUUCAGCGGAGUCGCCAUCUACGUCAAUGGCUUGACAGAUCCUUCAGCUGAUGAAUUAAGACAGCUAAUGAUGUUACAUGGAGGCCAAUACCAUGUGUACUAUUCCAGAUCAAAAACAACUCACAUUAUUGCCACCAAUCUUCCAAAUGCUAAAAUAAAAGAAUUGAAAGGAGAAAAAGUAGUUCGGCCAGAGUGGAUUGUGGAAAGCAUUAAAGCUGGACGUCUCCUUUCGCACAUUCCGUAUCAGCUUUACACCAAGCAGUCAAGUGUUCAGAAAGGUCUCAACUUUAAAAGCAUAUGCAAACCUGAAGAUGCCGUGCCAGGUCCAAGCAAUAUAGCAAGAGAUCUCAACAGGGUAAAUCAUAUUAAAAGGUAUGAAAUGGAAAAUGAAAUCACACCCAAUGGAGUAAGCAGCUGGAAUGAAGAAGAGGAAGAAGAAAGUGACAAUUUUGGACUUACAGAGCUGGAGGAGAUUCUUCCCAUACGGAAACAAAACGGGAUUCAAUCUCAUAAAGACAGCACUGCCCUUUUUAAUGGACACACACACACUUCUACCAGUGCCUUAAAGAUGCAGGAUUGCUUGGUGCCCUCCGGCAACGGUGUUGCAAGCAGGUUGUCUCCAGGCCCUGUGCAGGAGGAGGGGAAGACUGACAAAGGCAUGGUUGACUUUAGAGACUGCACAAUGCAGCAGUUGCAGCAAAGCAACAAAAAUACAGACUUUUUGUGGAGUCCACACAGGACUAUGUGUAACUCAUCCUCAUCUUCAUUUUUGCACAGUAAUGCUAAAAUAAAUGGUGCUCACCACUCAACUGUUCAGGGGCCUUCAAGCACAAAAAGCACUUCUGUACCUGCUCCUAGCAAGGCAGCUUCCUUACCUGUGUCCAAACCUUCAGAAUGUAGUUUUAUUUCUGACUUUUAUUCGCGUUCAAGACUGCAUCAUAUAUCAACGUGGAAGUGUGAAUUGACAGAGUUUGUCAACAGCCUGCAGAGAAAAAACAGCGGUGUCUUUCCAGGAAGGGAAAAAUUUAAAAAAUGGAAAACAGGCAGGUCUGCACUUAAAACUGACACAGGUAAUGUGUCUGUUGCGAGCUCAGCCAAGCCACAGAGCUGUAUAAUGCACGUGGAUAUGGAUUGCUUCUUUGUGUCUGUGGCUAUCCGAAAUAGACCAGAUCUCAAAGGAAAGCCAGUAGCUGUUACUAGUAACAGAGGUACAGGAAAGGCACUGCUGCGCCCUGGUGCAAACCCCCAGCUUGAACAGCAAUAUUACCAGAAAAAGCUAUUGAAUGGCAAAGCAGAAAUUAAAGUACCUGAUCAGUUGGACUCAUCAGUCUGGGAGCAUCCGGAUUCCACACAUGUAAAUGGAGCUGAUCUCACUGUUCUAUCCAUGGCUGAAAUAGCUUCUUGUAGUUAUGAAGCCAGACAAGUUGGCAUAAAGAAUGGAAUGUUUUUUGGACAAGCAAAAAAGUUGUGUCCAAAUCUUCAAGCAGUUUCAUAUGAUUUUGAUGCAUACAAAGAAGUUGCACGGACAGUGUAUGAAAUCCUAGCAAGCUAUACUCAUAACAUCGAAGCAGUCAGUUGUGAUGAAGCACUGGUGGAUAUCACCGACAUCCUCACAGAGACCAGACUGACUCCUGAUGAAUUUGCAAAUGUUAUCCGCACUGAAAUCAAAGACCAAACUAAAUGCACAGCCUCUGUUGGGAUGGGUUCCAAUAUUCUGCUGGCCAGAAUGGCAACUCGUAAAGCAAAACCAGAUGGACAGUAUCACUUAAAACCUGAAGAAGUGGAUGAUUUUAUCAGAGGGCAACUUGUUACCAGUCUUCCAGGAGUUGGCAGGACAAUGGAAUCUAAGCUGGCUUCUUUGGGAAUUAAAACCUGUGGAGAUUUGCAGUGUGCUUCAAUGUCAAAACUACAAAAAGAAUUUGGUCCAAAAACAGGACAAAUGCUCUACAGAUUUUGUCGUGGUUUGGAUGACCGACCUGUUCGUACAGAAAAAGAAAGGAAAUCUGUUUCAGCAGAAAUCAACUAUGGAAUAAGGUUUACACAGCCUAAGGAAGCAGAAGCUUUCCUUCUGAGCCUCUCAGAAGAAAUUCAGCGUAGACUUGAAGCUGCUGGUAUGAAGGGUAAACGAUUGACCCUUAAAAUUAUGGUCAGAAAGGCUGGAGCACCAGUAGAGCCUGCAAAAUACGGAGGUCAUGGAAUCUGUGAUAAUAUUGCCAGGACGGUGACUUUAGACCAUGCAACAGACAGCGCAAAAGUAAUUGGGAAGGAAACUCUGAACAUGUUUCACACAAUGAAACUGAACAUAUCUGAUAUGCGAGGGGUUGGAAUUCAGGUACAGCAGCUAGUUCCCAUCAAUAAGACAACUUCAGCUCUCUCAACAGUACAAUCUGGAUAUUUACCUGGUGGAUCACAUUCAGUUAUUGAUCUUUUUCAUGUUCAGAAGGCAAAAAAAGGCUCAGAAGAAGAGCAUAAGGAAGUAUUUGUGGCUGCUAUGGACCUUGAAAUAUCUUCUAAUUCAAGAACUUGCACUUUCCUUCCAUCUCGUGGUACCAAUGUCACACCUGGUCUCAAUUCUAAUGCCAACAACACCGAGUCUGCUGUCAAGUGGAAUGGUGUGCAUUCUCCUAUCAGUGUCAAAUCCAGGCUCAAUUUGAGUAUUGAGGUUCCAUCUGCUUCCCAGCUAGAUAAGUCUGUGCUAGAAGCUCUGCCACCUGAUCUCCGAGAACAAGUAGAGCAAAUGUGCAUCAUUCAGCAAGGAGAGAGUUACGGAGAGAGCAAAAAAGAGCCAAUAAAUGGAUGUAACACUGCACUUCUGUCACAGCCAGUUGGAACAGUGCUUUUACAAAUACCAGAGCUCCAAGAACCAAAUACCAAUAUGGGAAUCAAUGUAAUAGCCUUGCCAGCUUUCUCACAGGUGGACCCUGAGGUUUUUGCUGCACUACCUGCUGAGCUGCAAGCAGAGCUGAAAGAUGCAUAUGAUCAAAGGCAGAAGCAAUUAGAGCAGCAGCCUGUUAACACUUUAGUGUCAAAAAAUCCUUCCCUACACCUGAAGCAUACAACUAUAAAAAAUAAGAAAAAAAUACGGAAAAAAAAUCCAAUCAGUCCUGUGAAAAAGAUUCAGAGUCCUUUGAAAAAUAAACUUAUUGGUAGUCCUGCAAAAAACAUGCCAACUACAUCUGGGAGCCCACAGAAGCUAAUAGAUGGCUUCUUGAAACAAGAAGGAACAGCAGCUCAGGCAGAAGCAGUUCCAUCAACUUCAGAUUCUUCGGGCCCGUCAGCUGUGCAGACGGAGCAGCAGCCGGGCUUGUUCAGGCCGCAAGCCCCGAACCUCGCUGGGGCUGUGGAAUUCAACGACGUGAAGACGUUACUGAAAGAGUGGAUCACAACUAUCUCAGAUCCUAUGGAAGAAGACAUUCUACAGGUUGUGAAAUACUGUACUGAUCUAAUAGAAGAAAAAGACUUGGAAAAGUUAGAUCUGGUUGUUAAGUACAUGAAAAGGUUAAUGCAGUCAUCUGUGGAAUCAGUUUGGAAUAUGGCAUUUGACUUCAUUCUUGACAAUGUUCAGGUAGUUUUACAACAAACUUACGGAAGCACAUUAAAAGUUAUCUGAACUUGUAGUAAAGAGCUUGAUGAAAGCCUGGAGCUUUCUGCUAGCUGUGCCAUAAGUGCUUGUGAGGUAUUUGCAAAGUGCAUGAUAGUAAUGCCCUGAGUUUUUAUAAUUUCAAAUUUCUUUUUAAACAACAAAGUGUUUUGUACAUUUCUUUUCAGAAAGUGCCAAAUUUGUCAGUAUUGCAUGUAAAUAAUUGUGUUAAAAUUCUUUUAUUGUAGAAUAGAAUCUAUUUACAAAAUGUUUGUUUAUAAAGUUUUAUGGAUUUUUACAGUGAAGUGUUUACAGUUGUUUAAUAAAGAACUGUAUGUAUAUUUUUGUACUGAUUCUAUUUUUGUGUUGCUUUAGUUUGAAUAUAGUGAACCCCUUUUCCUAAAGCUGCAGCUUUGAUUCAUUUCACAGUUUUGCACAGUGGCACUUCCUCAACACAUGGAGGAGGCUGCUGUACAGACACCUGGCCACUUUUUGUUUCUUCUCCACUAACUUUAUUACAGAUAUUAAGCUGAGGGAAGAAUAGUUGAUUUUCAGUUUCAUCCUUCAAAGAUUCAGGGUGGCCCAGCUGCUCCUGAAGCACACAGGAUGGCAGCUGAAGCCUGUGUGCUGUCUGACCUUGCGUCAUCACCUCUCACGUGCUUCUGGAGGAAGGCAAGUCACCCCAAAGUAGCACCGUAAAGGAGGGGGGAGUGGCCAACACGAGCAGUGGUCCAGCCUGUGGCAGGCAUUUCCUUCAUGCAGCAAAACAAAAUAGGUUAUAGGGAGUAGCAGAGGCAAAAGAAAGCAUCCCAUUGCUGUGUCCCUGCAUGUAGGGUUGCUUGGAUCCCUGCACUUCAUGUUUCGGGCAAGUCUGACUUUUGCAGGUGUGCACCAACCUCGCACAGUUGUACUUGGCCCAGUACGUAGAACAAGGCUGUUCAGGGACCUGGAGAGGAUGGAGAACACUUGACAAAAACCAAGGUGGUAAGAAAAGUCUUUUCUGAAGAAAUGAUGGGGGGAGGUGAGAAUUAUCCCACAUAAUCCUGGGCCUAGAACUGAGAGCAGGAAUGCAAGCUGGAGCUAACCCUGGAGCAGUAUUUGCACCACUAUCUUACAUGGAAGCAGCUUGCCUAGCACAGGGCAGGAGCUGCUGCACUGAGAGCAGCUGCAGCUGCCAUACAGCUGGGGCAGAGAACGCUGUGUGGUCACAUCCCUGUCUGCAGCAGCUUUCAGCAGUGGCAGCAGGGUUUUAGCUUCAGGUUGUAACUUUGGCUUCCUCCUACCAGACUCUUUUUAAGUUUCCAUUAGUUUCUGGUUUGGGUCUUUUGGAGCCCUUGCAGUUCCCGUUUUUGAAGCCGCCUUUAGGAAAACCAGCACAUCAACUGCUCCCAUCAAGGCAGGUAGUGCUGAGACUCAAGCAGGUAUUUUACCAGUGAGGUUUCAGGUACAGCCCUGGUUUUGGAAAUGGUGCUCAGACAGAGGUAAAAUGGGCAUCUUUAAAAGGACUCAGCAUUAAUUAACUGUCAGGCUAUUUUAAGUUCCACAACAGGAGCCUGCCAAAGGAGCCUAUCUGUUUCCUGGAGUUUUUACCUAGGGGAAGAACACCCUUAAGCAUUUGAGGAUGCAAAGAAUACGUUGACCACAAUCUCUGACAUCUGUGUUCUUAAGAACUUUUUAUUAGUGUAGUUUUCAUGAUUGCAUAGUUUGCAAAAGAAAAUUUUAACAAUUAAAUGCAGUCUCCUCCCUCUGAUAAUUCACCCACAGAUGGGAAGUUGCAUCACACACCAACCAUAGUGAAAAGGUCCUUUUCAAUGGUAAGUUUAAAGUCUUAACAAAAAAAUCCAGAAAGUUAAAUUCCAUUUGCAAAGGAGGUGAGUUAUUAAAUGUUCCUUUGUAAUGGAGUCCACAUAGUCUCAAUCAUAACAUUCAGAUUUUUCCAACAAAAAAAAGUAAUCCAAGUGACAGAAGAAAUCUGAUCAAACUGCAUGUUGCAUGUUAAACUCUUGUAAGUAUCUUAAAUGCUAAAAAUCUCAGCUGCAUAAACAAUCCUCAAUUUUGUUUCAGCUUGUGCUUUUGAAGAGUGUUUGUUUUGCUCCUGUCACCAUGAGCUGUGAGUUACCCAGAGACAGCGUUAGUAGGAAGACAUCAAGCUGUCAUCCCAGGCAGGGAGGCAGAGGGGAAGGGGAGGGUAGGAAAACGCUGGGAUUACAGCCUGACUCCUGCUCAUCACAACCAUCCACGCUGGAGCCGGUUCAGUCCCAUGCUGUCAGGUGACUCCACAGUGAUGUAGCAUCCAAAGUCACAGCUCCCGGGUUGGCAGCUGUUUGUUUGCAGGUGCUCACAGCCCUGAGCAGCAGCUGGAGAAGAGAUGCCAGCUCUGACCUCCUCCGGGAGUUGUGUGCUAAACACCUGGCCGGCCCCUCCCGUGCCUCGGGAGCGCUGACAUCACCACCUUGAGCACACAGGAAGUGCAUUCAGAGGAGGAAACACCUUUGCUGGAGGCCUUUUGCCAAGCAGAGGGAGGUAAGAGGGCCCCUGCCUGGCCUUUCCACAUUUGCCACAGCCCAUGAUUUGAUUACCGAAGCAAACUGUUAAACAAAUGGUCUGCUAUGUCCAUCUCUUUUAUUUGUGGCUCUGCAUUAUAAUGAUUACAGGUUGACUUCCAUGAACUGUACAAGCAGUAGAAGGUGGGCAGCUAUGCUUUACAACAUUGUUUCACACAAAGCAAAUACAGAGAUCUCCAAUUGCCUAAUUUUUCUAUUAUUAAAAAAAAAACAAAAA